GGCCCCCGCGCGACCCGGCCGCAGGUGCAGCGGGCGGGACCCGGCCGCACUGGGCUUGGGGCGAGUGCUGGAGCCCGCUCUCUUCUCCUCCCCCAGGACCCCAGCGCCGGGCAGAGCCGCGCGGGAGGCGAUGGCGGUCCCGUUCUCCAACACCCACCUCCGCCUGCCGCGGGGCUUCGCAACCCUGCUGGAGGGGCUGGCCAGAGAAGUCCUGAGGGAGCAACCUGAAGAGAUCCCAGCCUUUGCAGCCAAGUAUUUUGAAGAUCUGCUGAAAAAAAGAGAAAAAACCAUGUUUGACCCAGCAGAAUGGGGAGCUAAAUUAGAGGACAGGUUCUACAAUAACCAAGCUUUUCAGAAGACUGAAUCUUUGAAAGAUGAGUUGAAGGAGUUGUCAGGGGAGAACGCUCUGGUUAUGGAAUCUGAGCUUGAUGAACAAGACCUCUGUGAAACAGGCAUCAAGGAAGCAGAAGAUAAAGCUGCUAUAAAAAUCCAGAAAACCUACAGAGGAUACAGAGCCAGAAAAGAAGUGAAGAGACUGAAAGAAGAAGGUCAGUGAGCUCCAUGGAGUGAGUGGAUUAGAUUUGCCAGCAUCAAGAUUAGAUGCAGGUGAUUGGCAUGUUGGUAUUAGGAGAAGAUUUAUUUUUGUUUAUUAAACAUCACAAUUUUAA